GGUAUCGUUGUAGUUGUAGUUCACUUCACAGAGAACUAUCAGAGUCAGUUCGUGCAAGUAAGGAGUUAUAAAUAAGGAGAACGCUUGUGGCACAGUGUGUUGUCUAAUGUUAGCGAUUUUACUCGGACGGAAGGAAGGACCGCGUCAAGUUCGCUACUGUGGCAUCCACCCUGAAGACACUUUUUGGAAGAAGUGGGGCAUAUCAUUGAUGAUGUGUGUUGAACUGUAAUUGAUGUCCAGAACGUGUAUUGUUUUGAAUCUUCCUACUCCACUCAUAUACUUGCUGGAAUGACCGACAUUCAUCACCUUACUGAACCUUCACUCGCUGGCAAAUUUCAAUAAGUUUCACCCCUUAACUGCUUAAAAAGCAGGAAAAUGACAUCAGUUUUGAGCUUUUGGAUUAACUGCUGAAAUCCAAUCAUGCAGCUUGUCCAGAUUUCAAGACCUGCACAGCACUUUCUCCAGCUUGGUAUCAAGUACAAAGGAAUGACUGCCUGGAACGGCAUGGAUUAAGCAUAACAGAAAAUAGCCAUAUAUCUAGAAGAGCCACAUGUGGAAUCAACCACUCUAUUUAUUUAUAAUUUAACAUACCCCCAAAGAAUUAUUAAUGUUGUGGACUCAUGGAAUACAUCGUUAAAUGAUGUUUUUACAAUUAUGGUAGUUUAAUUCUCCUUUGCUGAUGGGAGUUCCAGUCUUAAAGAAACAAAAAAAAAAAACCCACAGAGUUCACUGUGGAAUAUGUGACUGAAAAACAAAAUUAUUUACUUUCUUUUUUUUUUUUAAUGAAUCUAUAAUUAAUUACUUUUUAUAAAUAGGGUUACCAUGACAGGCAAAGAGCUCCCCAAGAAGCAUGGUCAGUUCAGAAGUAAGAAAAAGCUUUCAAAUGCCAGACAAUCUCGGAAACCAGCAAAAUCUUCAAAAAACAAUACAGAACAAAAGAAGGUAAAAUGUGCAAAGACAAACUGGGUGAAUAGGCUCACAAGUGUUCGUAAAAGAGGAACAGAAUUCUCACAUUUUGGAAACCCUUGGGGAAGUAUACAAGAGAAAUAUGUCCAAAUGGAUGAGGAUCCUGGACUUUGGAGAUGGCCAAGUUCUACAGUGGUUGGGCCACAUCAUUCUCAUAGUCAGACGUGUUCGGUGACAAAUAAGUCUACCAGGUAUCCGCAGUGCUGGAUUGUGUCAAAUGGCAUAUUGGAAAAAAAGCAAGAGCAAGAGUAUGCAGAUGCAAGUGUGAAUUUUAGUGCGUCAUUAAAGGAGGAGAGUAUAACUUUUCUGGAUUUUUGUAUUCUUACUUUUGAAAAAUUGUCGUCUGUGUUUGGCAGAAACCCUGAUUAUUACAACCGUGUUUCCCAAGAACUUCUGAAAAAGCAGUUUUUGCUAAUGUCCAAUUUUGAUAGUGUUAUUAAAGACUUCAGUGAAAAAGUAGGAGUAUGCCAACCAAACCACUUUAAAGUACCAUCAGUGUUACAGUUUAUGAAUAUAAAUAUUCAUUACCUCCUUGCUUUGAGGCGUGCAGCUGACCAGGAGAUCAAAGCUUUUGAAAAGGAAGUUGCCAUUAUAACUGGCGAGCGACUAGGACGGGAUAAGAACCCCAAGUUUGCAAAUUUCGUUAACUUUUCUGAAAGCAGUGUUGAACGAUAUAUUCAUAUGGCUUGUGAUAUUUUGAACUCUUACAGUGGCCAGAAAUAUGGAUGUAAAAAGGAGUGGUCAGCAUUUUGUGAAGUUAAUGGUAAAACGUCAAAAGUGAUAAGUGCUCGCUCGAACAGAUUUGUUCACUUCUUUGAAGGAGCUGCUGCUCUGAUGCAUCAUUAUGUGGACAUUGCAACCUUCUUUACAGAGAGCUACAAUUCUGGCACACGGAAUGUGAUACAAGAGAGUGUCCAGGAUGAUUUGUUUGAUGAAACGCUGCAGUCCCUCCUCUGUGUACUGGCUUUGGUGUAUCUAAAAGUCAUCGGUCCUUACUGGCAACUUUUAACAAGUAAAGCAAAGUAUAUAGAUUUUCGUAAGUAUGUGCAGUCCCUUUAUCAGAAGCUUUAUGAGUGGUCAUCGGAUGCAACACCCUUACUUUUUAAAAAAUUCACAGAUGAUAAUGUUUUUCAUCGCUUUCUCUUUCCAGAAGAGGAACAUUAUUAUGGAGUGUUUUCAUUUUGUAAUCCUAAAAACCAGUAUUUCCCUUUCAUUGCCAAGUGUCUAGAGCGUGUCAUGAAGUCAUUUGUUUCUGUUACUGUAAAAUAUCUUGCUGACUUUUUGCCGGGUGGGAUUUAUGACCAUGAGCCAAGUACAGACGCUUGUGCAAAGCUAAAGUUCUGCCAGCUGCAGCAUCUGAUGGGCAACUAUCCUUAUGGACACCAUUACAGUGACACAUACAGGAUGCCACCAAACUCUAAACUGCAAAGAAAUUGUUACACAUCUUGCAUGGAAAACAGCCAAGUCUUAAACUGUAAAGUACUGCCUCAAGAGUUUCAAAAUAGCGCAAUGAUUGUGUCCACUGUUGUGAGUAAUGGAGGGCCCUGCAAAACAAAAAGGGAUGUCGAUAAUCUGUUAUUCAGACUGGAAGGAGCGAGUCUUGCCAAGAAGCUUGAAGCAAUACAAAUGCAAAUUAAUUAUCAAAAAAACAUUUUGGGGGUAACAGACACAAAUUUCAGUCACAUUGGGCUUUCAUUGAAAGAUAUGGUUGAAAAAUUGAAAAUGGUGUUGGCUGAUGAGGACUACACGCACACUGCAGACCGCAAAGAGCGCUAUAGCUCCGAUUACCAACAGGCACCACGUUUGCAGCACUGGGAAGUAAACGCUGCUUCUACCAUGUUAGGAAGCUAUGAUGACGACUGUUUGGAUGACAACUCUAUAUAUGUAAAUAUGGCUCAGUGCGCUGUACAAGCAUUUGAAAAUCAGGAUGAUGAAUUUUGUAUUUCUUGAUUAAGUGACUGUUACAGAUAUUGUUAAAGUGUAUCUUGACGAGAGUUGUUUAAACCUUUUAUUGGUUAGAGUGCCAUAGAUUAAAAUUUUAAAGUUUUAUAUUUCUAAAUAGAUGUGUUUUUGGUCCUGUUUUUAAAUAUUUCACUUUUUAGGAAUGGUGCGGGUUAAGAUGCAUGCGAAGGUUCUUGCAUUUUGUAACUAUAUAUUAAAUGUUCUAAAAUAGCAGUGACCAAUUUUGCAGCUUUUUAAAAAAUAUUCGUUUUCAACUUUCUGCUUUACUGUGAAGUUCCAUUAAAGGAAAAUUCCUUUUACAGGAUAAAUCUUGUAGCAUUUCCUAAUUGGAUAGCAACAUUGUUGUAUAGUUGCAUUAAAAUAUUGUCACCAUGUUAAUGGAAAAUAAUUCAACUUUUUAGCCAUUUUUUCUUCUGUUAAUGUUCUACCCUCUGCUAUUAAAUUUUUAUGAUGGAGAGAUAUUAAAUGUUCACUAUGUACAAUUACCCCCCCCCCCCCCCCCCUUUUUUUUGGAGAGCGUAUUACUCUGAGGCAUUGGGGCAGAAAUUCUCAACCAGAGAUGUAGUAAGUGGGCCUGUUGCCUGCCUGUUAAAGCUAAUUUUAUGUCUUCAGAGCAGGCUAAGAAAAUGCCAACAAAGUGCAUUGUGAUAAAUCACAUUACUGAUUUGACUGCUGUAGAGCAGGCACACAUCUAAAUCUAGCAUCAAGAUUACUGGGGCCAUUAAUGCUCUAUUCACCCAAGAAUAUAAUGGGAGUCCACAAGUGUGAAACACCAAGAAUACCAUCCAUCCAUCUGAAUUCUAUUGUUCACACUCUAAAUGCUCUGACAAUGAAAACACCCUGGUUGGAAAAUGGUUCCAAAUAUAUAACUACCUCACAGAAUUACGUUUCUUUAAGAGUCCAAAAAGUGCAAUGCUUUUGUUAAAAAUGUAGAUGGAAUUUUAAUUUCUGUACCCAAGAUAUUUUGAUUUGUUUUUUAAUUUUAAGAAUUUCUGAUUAGCUUCCUAUUCUUUUUGCAACUGUAGCUGAAUGUCACAAAGGGUGUCAACUCAUCAGGUUGUACAGAAUAGCCAAAAAAUAAAUAAAAA